AAUCUGACCAGCAGUGACUGUGCUGUAGAGAUCAUUACUACAAUGAGGACUGUUUUGAUUGCUCUGAUUCUCUCGCUCUCAUCAUCAGCAUUUUCAAAAUCCAGAACUCACUUUUCACGUUAUCCCUCAUGGAAUUCUCAAAUGUAUCCGAUCUGGAGGGAUGGAGAUCUUAGAUACAGAGAUUGUUGGAAAGGUGGAGAGGUGACAUUUGAGGUCAGAAGUGAUUCUCCAACAAUGACAGGAGCAAAAGCCACCUUCAGCAUUGACAUUCGUUUUCCCCAGAAUCAGACAGUGCUAUCUGAUGGACAGGUGGUGUGGGCAAGAAACUUUACGAUUAAUGAUACAGCAUAUACUAUGAACCAGGCUGUAUACCCCGAGUCUGACAUUCUGCAAGAAUGGACUGGUGUCUUCCCUGAUGGGACACUCUUCACUAAGAUCUCUAACAGAAAGCCCCAAUUCAUCUAUGUGUGGAAGACGUGGGGAAAAUAUUGGCAGGUGGCUGAUGGUCCUUCAUCUCUCCUUACCAUUGGCACAGACAAUGUGCCUCUUGGCUCUUUUAACAUGGAGGUGGUAAUUUAUCACUGCCGUGGCAAAGACAAGUUCAUUCCUCUUGGUUAUGCAUCUACCCAGUUUUCCAUCACUGACCAGAUCCCAUUCGUAGUUACAUUGUCCCAGGUUGGUGACAUCAACCAGGGUGAUCAAAGCUUUAUCCAGAACAGAGCUGUGUCCUUUAGCAUUGACCUGCAUGACCCCAGCCACUACAUGAGUGGAUCAGACAUCACCUUCAACUGGGACUUCGGGGACAACAGCGGAACUCUUAUCUCUCGGGAAACUAUUGUGACCCACACGUACCUCACAACUGGUUCCUUCAGGCCCCAAGUGGUUCUGAUAGCAGCCAUUUCAACUGGUUGCCAGCGUGAGCUGACCCCCGCAGCCAGUGUCACUCCACCUGUUCCAGCUACAGAUGCAUCAGUUGCUUUCUCCUCCAUUGUGCCAGAUGAAGCUGCAGCAGUGGAAGACAUUGGCCUGGCUGUUUCUCUGCCACCUGUUGAUGUCACACCCAUGGCAGAGGAGGGAGUUUCAGUUGGUGCCACUGUAGUGACCAAUGACUUGGCAGUGGCAGAAACUAACACAGAAGUAGUAUUAGAUGCUGCAGCAGAAGUGUCCACUGUUGCUCUAGAUGCAGCUGUGGCUGAAGCUGGAAAUAUGGCUGCAGUUACAGUCACUACACCUGCACCUGCAGCUGUAGAUGUAGAACCUACAGCAGAACUUCCUGAUGCUGAUGCUGUACCUGCUGCAGAAAAUGAGGUUCUAAUCAACCAGGCUGCUACUGUUCUCCAAGAAUCCCCUGCUGCUAUCAAUAACACUACCACUAUGCAGACAGUAAUAGAAACAGCUGCACCUGCUGGUGAUAUGCUAGGUGUUUUGGUCAUGGAGGCAACAGUGGAUGAUGUUGUAGCAUCUGUAGUUCCUGCAUCAGAGACAGUUAAUGAAUCCACUGCUGGAGUCGAUGAGGUGACUGAAGUCAUUGCUGGAGUAACUAAUGUCCCUGAAGCAACAGUGAGAGGUGUAGCAGCUGAAGUGGAGGUAGAGGCAACAGAAGCAACUCAAGCUGAUCUAGUUAUUGCAAAGCGACAAGCACCAGAGAUGCCAGAAGAAAGCAACUGUAUGAUCUAUCGCUACGGCUCCUUCUUCACAACUCUUAAUGUUGUCCAUGGAAUAGAGAGUGUUGAGAUUGUGGAGGUGAAUAAUGUGUUGUCACUGACCACAGAGCUGGAACAGAAUGCAGUAGAUUUCACAGUCACAUGCCAGGGAAGCCUUCCCAAACAAGUGUGUACUGUGGUCUCUGAUGCAGACUGUACAAGCCCUGUACAGACCCUGUGUAAUGCAGUGACUCCAACCCCAGAGUGUCAGAUGGUGCUGCGGCAGUUUUUCAAUGACUCUGGCACCUUCUGUAUCAAUGUGUCCUUGACCAACGACGUCAGCUUAGCUGUGACCAGUGCCAGGGUCAGCGUGACUAUCAACACAAGUUCAUCAAGAAACUCUGUUGGAGCUGUACUGGGGGUCCUGGUUUUGAUUUGUGCUGUGGGGGCCAUUGCUUUUACAUACAAACAUUUUAAAGAAUACCUUCCACUAAGAGAAGAUUAUACAAGCAGCAGCGUGGCUUCUGGAAGGAGAUCAGUGCCUUUAAUGCUGUGGAACCUUCUGAGUCGUCAGUCUGCUGGAGAGAGCCAUCCACUUCUGCAGGGACAAGUGGUGUAACAGCUUUACUCUUCUGCACAUACAGUCUUCCAACAGGAGAAUUAGAUAUCAGACAAAGGGCCUCAUUUAAAAAUAAAUGUGUUUUGUAACAAUCUUCACAUUAUCUUAAUGACAUGCUAUUUUGUGUCACAUUCACAGCAUAAUUAUACACUACUCUGUAUAUGUUCUGUGUGUAUUGUCAUACAAAUAGAGCUGCAGAUGUUUAUUGUUGUGUUUUUAUUCCCUGACAUUACUGUUGAAAAUUGACUGAAAUAUGCAUAAUGGGGCUGGUGGAAUGUAUCAUCAGUUAUUAAUUUGGAUUGUGAAUGGGAUAAUUCUAUAAGCAAUCCAUGUAAAGAGCUUAAUAGGAAAGCUGUCUUUAGAAUAAUCAGAGAAUAGUCACUUUAUUACAGUCCAUAUCAAAAUAUGAAUUGCUCUUCACAGAAUGUUGAGCUAACAUUUCUUGACAAACAUUAACAUUUAUAGCAGUAAGUCAAGUCAAUUUUAUUUGUAUAGAGCCUUUCACAACACAAAUUGUUUCAAAGCAGCUUUAUAAAAUAUCAGGCAUUAACAGAUAAUAAAACUGUAAUAUCUAUAAUGUCGAUGAAUCAUCAUUGUGUAAUUAGAUAAAAUACGAUUGUUAAUCGUGUUUAAAAAUAAGUAAUUAUAUAAUAAUUUUAUUAAUAACCACAGUGAGCAAGCCGAAGGUGAUUGAACAUGUAACACAACAUGAAGAUAUAUGAUGUCUCUAUUUAACAAAUUUAUAUUAAAAGGUGCUCUCAGUAUUUUUUCCUCGAUAAAAAAGUUUAGAUCCUAAAGACAUGAAGACAGUGAAUAUUAAUUUCUACGAUGACAUCAUCAAACAUACAGCAUUUUAGGAGUCCAAGCACUGGAGGUGCUGGAACCCUAUUGAAUGUUUUACGAUUUUCUGGUAACAUUUUAGAAUUCCUGUUUCAUACAUAAUAGGUAACUAUGCAAGAAAUAAUGCAGGACACUUCAGACACUACUAUUAACAAAUUUAGAAACACAAUUAACUAAUCAGUAAGUAUUAGCGAUAUCAUGACUGUGGUUGUUCACUGUUAGCUAAUCAGCAUUUAUUACAUUUUAUUUGCCUCAUUGAGAACUAUUAACUAAAUAUGGGUAAAUUAAAAGAACUACUAAUUAAUUACUCAUCACAACAUUAUCUCCUCAAAACCCUGUGUCUGAAAUGUGAACAAUUAUACUGUUAUUGUCAACAUGAAAUCGCAUCAUCAGAGAUGUUGUGUUAUGUGUUAUGUGUUAUGUGUUUGUGGCAGGGCGGAGGGUGGGGCCGGGUCGUGAUACUACACACCCGGUCCCGUAUUAGGCCCUGCCACAGUGUUUUUUAACCGGAAAUCAGUUUAUGAACACAACACCACUCAAACUCACCUAGUCUACAGUGCCUUGUAUCAGGAGUAGAUAGCUUACCUUAAA